UGAGCUAGCAUUUAGAUUCCCCCAACUCCAUUUUCCUUCUUGGUUCUUUCAGCACUUAACCACUUACACAUUCUUCUUCACUUUUCAUUUCGAGCAUUGCUAUCAACCCGUUUUGUUCUAAAUCCAACCAUGUCUCCCUUCUCACAUUCAUCUCAUCAAUCUAUCGUUUUCCUACUUAUCCAUGCUUUCAUAGGGGUGGGAGUUUCGGCGACAACAUUUACAUUCGUGAACAAGUGCGACCACACAGUGUGGCCGGGGAUUCUAGGAAAGCCGGACCUCGGAACAUCCGGUUUCGAGCUCAAAAGGGGAAGCACGCGAACCUUCGACGCGCCACCGGGUUGGUCGGGGCGUUUCUGGGGCAGAACCGGUUGCCAGUUCGACGACUCGGGCCACGGAAACUGCGCCACCGGCGACUGCGGCUCUGGCCAGGUACUCUGCAACGGAAACGGCGCCACGCCGCCGGCUACACUCGCCGAGUUCACUCUCGGGUCCGGUUCUCCGGACUACUACGACGUGAGCCUCGUCGACGGUUACAACCUCCCGAUGAUGGUGGAAUCCAGCGGCGGCUCCGGCUCGUGCGCCACCACCGGAUGCGGGGCGGACCUAAACCGACGGUGCCCGGCGGAGCUGAGGGUUGAAGGCGGCGACGCGUGCCAGAGCGCGUGUCGCGCGUUCGGGAAACCGGAGUUUUGCUGCAGCGGCGCGUUUAAUUCACCGGCGGCGUGCGCGCCUUCGAUGUACUCGGAGAUUUUUAAGAACGCGUGCCCCAAAUCUUAUAGCUACGCGUUUGAUGAUGCUACCAGCACUUUUACUUGCACCGGUGCGGAUUACACUGUCACAUUUUGUCCCUCUUCUUCUCCAAGUUUGAAGUCUUUGAUGGAAUCGGGGCCAGGAUCAUCAGUGGAACAGGCAGCAGUGGCUACUACUUCAUGGAUAGCCAAUUUGGCUACAGGGGAUUCCAGCAGAAGCAAACCAUUUUCACCUUCCAACUCUGCAUUUUUUCUUUCUGUCACUUUCAUUCUUUCCUAUUUAGUCUCAUAGACUCUCUGUGUCCCUUUCAGAAUGAUAUCUUCCUUCUUUAAGGGACACACACGCAAGUAGGAUCAACACCAUCAUCAAUACUAAUUGCUGUAUAAAUACAUUUUAAUAAUUUUCUUCCUCUCUUCUUUCACCCUUUGUUUUUUUUUUUUUUUCUGUCAUUUUUUUAUUUUUUGGUCUGGUUGUUGUUGAUUCCAAAAUGAAGGUGUGGGGUGAGG